GAUAGCGAAAUGCAAAUGACUUCAUAUAGGCUAGUUAGCUAACCUCACACAGCUUUGACUGUGAGCUGUGGCAGUUAGCACGUCCGUUAGCUGUCUUACCUUGCACCUCAGCACCACCUGGUCUUCAUUCCAGAGGAAUCCUGACACAAAGUGAAGGGCAGAAGCCACCUCAGUUUUGAUGGUUGCAGGUACCUGAUUUCACCACUUGGAGGCAGUGAAGAAAAGAGGCAUGUACAGAGCUUGGCAGGAGACUGGACCUACGAUGGUUGGCGAUGAAUAUUCAGAUCCAGAUAUAAUGUGCCAGCUCGGAGCUCGAAAGACUUGCGUGCUUGGAAACAACUUUUCUGAGUACCACGUGGAUGACCCGCCCCGUGUGGUUCUAAACAAGCUGGAGCUGAUUGGAUACCGGGUCAUAUGUAUGACGGGCAUGGGCCAGACCCUUGCAUGGUGCCUGCACAAGACUACCGUGUGACCCUUAUUAACUCUGGCACUGUGGAUAGAAGGCCUAUAUUGGUAUUAUUACUGUAUAUGUUGACAAUACACAGGAUAGGUUCUGUGUAAUGGCCCAUUAAGCUAUUACUCAGCACAAACUGUAGUUCAUUUAUGUCUCUGAAUUGGUUAUGUAAUGUAUUCUCUUCUAAAGUGCAGUGUCAUAAGAUGUUUUGGUCACUGCUUGCUACAUUUUCCUGUUUCUAGCAGCUGAGGAUCCAGGAUCAGCUCACUCACCCCCUGUAAUAAAAACCCUUUGCAUUCUGUACCAAAAGUGAGAACUACAUGAUCAGUGCCUGGUGACAGAAUGUAUGUGAUUAUUCUUGUCAUGAGAGAAUAAGUAUCUUUGGUUAUCCAGAAUUAAAACUUCCUGUAGCCAUCAUCCCUUUUCUAAAGUCUUGGCAAUUGUUAUAAGUGUGGCAGGGACACAUGACAUAGUGAUUGAUGGCACCCGGAAAAAUACAUUUAGUGCUCUGUAAAUUUUCCGCAAGUUUUACAUUCCUCUACCAUCUCCUCAUUUCACAAGCAAAGAAAAAACAAUCACCUCUGGCAUCUAGUUGGUAAUAAAAAAAACAUUUAUCACAGCAAACAUCACCUGAAUGUUGCAUCUGCACGAGUGAGUGUUUUCCUGGUCAAUAUUCUGUCCCUGAGUCACGCCUUGCAGGUUGUUGGUUCCAGAGUAGUGAGAUGUGACUGAAUCUAUAAAAUGUGCCAAAUCAUCCCAAACUUUUCCAGGCAGCCGAGCCUGAGUUGCUAGAAUAGUUUGGAUAUAUCAAAAUAAAGGAAUAAACAAUGUAUUGAAUGCUAGUGAAAAAAAUGUGAAUUUGAUUAAAUGUGAUUAAAUGAAAAGUAAACCUUAUUAAAACAAUAUUAUGGGUGAUUAUUGAG